AUGACAGAGCAGGUGACUCCCAGCCCCUUCUCAACAGAGCUGAUGGCCACCACUGACUUCUACCCCUGGGAGGACGUGUACUCGGGCGAGGCCAGCACGUUGCCAGAGCUCUGUGAGAAGCAGGCAGUGCAGGGCUUCGCCCGCACCUUCCAGCCCGCCGUGUACCUGCUGCUCUCGGCGCUGGGCACAGCGGGGAACGGGCUGGUGCUGCUCACACACACCCGCUACCGCCAGGCACGCAGCGUCACCGAUGUCUGCCUCCUGCACCUGGCUCUGUCCGACCUCCUGCUGCUCCUGACGCUGCCCUUCGCCAUCCUCGACACGCUGCAGGGCUGGUCCCCGGGCGCAGUCGCCUGCAAGGCGCUGCAGGGUCUCUACGCCCUCAACUUCUACAGCGGCUUCCUCUUCCUCACCCUCAUCAGCGUGGAUCGCUACGUGGCCAUCGUGCGGGUGCCGGCCGCCUGCCGCCUGCGGCCCCGGGCUCGCCGGCUCGGCUGCCUGGCAGCGGGGCUGGCCUGGGCGCUGGCCACGCUGCUGGCACUGCCCCAGUUCAUCUACAGCCAGGCAGAGCAGCACCAGGACCUCCGCCUCUGCCGUGUGGUCUUCCCCCGCGAGGUCUCACGGGCAGCCCGCGGUGCCACCAACCUGCUGCAGGUGGUGCUGGGCUUCGCGGUGCCCUGCGCGGUGAUGACGAGCUGCUACGCGGCGGUGGCACGGACGCUGCUGGCGAGCCGCGGUGCCCAGCCCCAGCGGGCUCUGCGGGUGCUGCUGGCUCUGGUGCUCGUGUUUGUGGCCCUGCAGCUGCCCCACAGCCUGAUGGUGCUGCUGGACGCGGCCGAGCUGCUGUUCCCUUGGGAGAUGAGCUGCGCCCAGAGCCGCCGCAAGGACCUGGCGCUGCUGGUCACGGGCGGGCUGGCGUACCUGCGCUGCUGCCUCAACCCCCUGCUCUACGCCUUCCUCGGCCAGCGCUUCCGCCGGGAGCUGCGGCUGCUCGCCAGCGACUGUGUGGGGUCCCUCUGCCCGCGCUGCUCCGGCCGCCCCAGUCCCCGCCGGCGGACGUCGCUCUCCAGCGCCUUGGACGUGCUGUAG